GCAGCCAGUGUGUGCAACAGAAGAUCAGGUUGUCCCGGCUCCUACAGAUGCUUCACGGGACGCUGAGGACCAGGACGAGUCCCACCCAGCUGUCAUGUCAGUCUCCAUGGCAACAGACUCCUACCCACCCCUCGACUGGUCGGUAGUCUCUGUGACCCCUCCAGACAGAAACGUCACCAGCCGGCAGCGUGACGCUCUUCUAGCUGUGGCUGAAGUCGUGGUGCUGGCGGUCAUCCUAGUGAUGGCGUUGCUCGGUAACGGGCUGGUGCUGGUGGUGCUGUUGAGGCAGAGACGACAUCACAACCCUCUGCACCAGUUUAUGCUCAACCUCUGCGUGGCUGACCUGGUGGUGGCGCUGUUUCAGGUGUUGCCACAGCUUGUUUGGGACGCUAAGGGUCGUUUUCCUGGUCCGGACUUCCUGUGUCGCCUCGUUAAAUACCUGCAGGUCCUUGGGAUGUUCGCCUCCUCUUAUAUGAUUGUUGCCAUGACAAUGGACAGACACUAUGCUAUCUGCUGCCCCCUGCAGGCACACCGUAGUGGGGCCACCCAGCGCUGGAACAGCUUCAUACUGCUGGCCUGGGGGCUGUCGCUGCUGCUCAGUCUGCCACAGGUUUUUAUCUUCUCACGUUCAGAAGUGGCUCCAGGCGUUUAUGAGUGUUGGGGAAACUUUGCUGAGUCGUGGGGACUUAAAGCCUACGUCACCUGGAUGACCCUGGCUGUUUUCAUCCUCCCAGUCCUCAUCAUCACAGUCUGCCAGGUUAGAAUCUUUAGGGAGAUCCAUAACAACCUGUACCUAAAGUCAGACCGGCGUCUGUCCCCUGUCCCUGUCCCUCCCCCCAGACAGGACAGUCACAGAGGAGGAGGAGGGGGAGGGGGAGGAGGCAGAGGGAGGUCCAGUGUCUCUCUGUAUGUUUCACCAAUCAUUUUCAACAACCCUGGGAGUCAGACGAGCUUUGAGCCUGUCUCUACGUUUGUUCACCUGCCCAUGGGGCCACUCAGGUCCAACAGCUUUACCUCACACUGUGACAUUCACACCUACACUGCUGUUCACCCAGUUGAGCUGCAGCCUGAUGUGCUUCCUGACCCUGCAGCGCCCUCUGCCGUCUCCUGCAGCCCCCCCAAAGCGCCCCCUGCCCGUGGAGGAGAGGUAACAGCAGCUAUGUCAAAGACAGUGAGGAUGACUCUGGUCAUAGUGCUCGUCUACUCGCUCUGCUGGGCCCCAUUCUUCAGUGUGCAGCUGUGGGCAGCCUGGGCCCCCAACCCACCACAGAACGGUGCAGUGUUUACCUUACUGAUGCUGCUAGCCAGUCUGAACUCCUGCACAAACCCCUGGAUCUACUCCGCCUUCUCCAGCAGCGUCUCCCCGGAGCUCCGACUCCUGCUGCUCUGUCGAAAACACUCACCACGCCGGGGCUCCUUACCGAGCGACUCCACCACCACGCACAACUCCAACUACUGAACAGUACCCAACAUUUCAACAACGGAACCUGCGAUGUGAAACAAAAAUCACUCUUUAUGAUGUAUUAGCAUAAUGCCACACAACUAGAGCGCUUACGUUUAUUAAUGUCACAUUAAAAUUGCUGUUAAAAUAAUAGUUUGACAUUUGGGAACUACAUUUAUUUGUUGUUUUGAAAGAACUACAUCGAUAUGGCUGUCAAAUCUGUCCGUAAAUUAAGAGGAAAUAAAAUAAAUCGUGCUAGCAUAAAAGAAAUGCAGCUGACGUGGACUGUUCCUAACGUCUAUAAAAUUGGACCGUUGGUUAGCUUAGCAUGAAAAAACCAAGAAGAGAAGCUAACGUUAGCACUGGGACAGAUUAAGGUUAUCUUAGCCUGCUAACUUAAACGGUAAUAUGUUUUAUCUCACAUUAAACUGAAAAAAGCGGUAAAAAUCUAUUUUGUAACCAUUCACAGUGGAAACUUAUUCUUGCGUAUUCUUGGUUUGGUGGAAUUUUCUAGAUAAAGCGCUGUCAGUCACUCUCCACCUACAUAACCGUUACUACGUUAGCAUGUGCGGGUUAACUGCUAACGGCUGAAAUCCAGGAAAUAGUCAGGUGCAUUUCUACCUUGAAACGCCAGUAAUGAUCGUUUUCUCACUUCUUUUCUUAUAAAAUGGGACUUAAAUAAUUUCACUUGUAAAAUUACUGCCCUGUAGAGGAUAUGGUUGAUAUUGAACCACGUUUCAUUUUUGAGGCAAAAUAUGUUGAUUUAUUAGGCUAUGCCAGGUUAUUUCCAAGCCGUUAGCAUUGACUUCCUGUUGAUGAAAUCACCCCCAAAAUUAAAACAAGAAAUUAAUACAAGAAAAUCAGCCUUACUGUACCUGUAAAACACACAAAUGGAUAAAUAUCUGUCAGUACGGUAUAUAUAUCUAUAAUAAAAGACAGUCUUCCAUCAGGAAUAGCUCAGAUAGACAUCAAUUAGCAAGUUCACUAUGGAUGAUGUGCCUGACUAUUUAAAGAAGCUCUCGCAAUGAGAAGGCCGAAAAUAAAACAAGAAAUGUACACCACUAAUUCCAAAAAAAGUUGGGACACUCUGUAAAAUGUAAAUAAAAACAGAAUGCAAUUAGUUGAAAAUCACAUGAAUCCAUAUUUUAUUCACAAUAUAACAUAAACUAUAUAUCAGAUGUUUGAACUGAGACAUUUUACCAUCAUGAAUUGAAUAUUAGCUCGUUUUGAAUUUGAUGGCAGCAAUAAUAAAGGAAAGACAAGUCAAGAAAAGGCUGGAAAAGUAAGUGGUACGAAUGAAAAACAGCUGGAAGAGCAUUUAGCAAUUAACUUGGUUCACUUGCAACAGGUCAGUAACAUGACUAAGUAUUAAAGGAGCAUUUUAGAGAGGCAGAGUCUCUCUGAAGUAAAGAUUGGAAGAGGUUUACCAAUCUGCCUAGGACUAUGUCAAAAACAGUACAGCACAUGAUAUCAUCAAAAGAUUCAGAGAAUCGGGAGAAAUCUCUGAUCAAGAGACAAAACCAAAGGACAGUAGUGGACGCUGGUGAUCUUGGGGCCCUCAGGCAGCACUGCACUGAAAACAGGCAUGAGUCUGUAAUGGAAGUCACUGCACAGGCUCAGGGACACUUCCAGAAAUCAUCUUCUGUCAACACAGUUGGCCGUGACAUCCACAAAUGAGUUAAAGUUGUAUCAUGUGUUACUUAAGUGCCUCAGGCAUGGGCUUCACAUCUGGAAAGGCAUUAUCAGUGCUGAAAGUAGAUAGGGAGUUUUACAGCAACAUAUUCUCCCAUCCAGACUACAUCUCUUUAAGGGAAGGCCUUGACUGUUUUAGCAAGACAAUGCUAAAGCACAUACCACAUCCAUCACAACAGCAUGGCUUCACAAUAGUUGGGUCUGGUUGCUUGCCUUGCAGUACAGACCUUUCCACGACAGUAAACAUUUAUUGCAGCAUAAAAAUGAAUAUCUGGACCGUUGAGCAAUUAGAAUCCUAUAUCAGACAAGAAUGGGACAACAUUACUCCCCUAAAACUCCAGUAACUUGUUUUCUUCCUAGACAUUUACAUACUGUAGUUAAAAGAAGAGGAGAGGCUAUACAAUGGUGAACAUGGCCGUGUCCCUACUUUUUUGAGAUGCAUUGCUGCCAUCAAAUUCAAAAUGAGCUAAUAUUUCUCAUGAAAUGGUAAAACGUCAGUUUCAACAUCUAACAUGUUGCAUUCUGUUUUUAUUCACAUUUUAAACAGUGCCACAACUUUGUUUUAAUUAGAAUUGGGGUUUUGUAUUUCCCAAA